UUUAUCAAUAACACCCUCGUACAAACAAAAAAUUAUUUUUGUUUGAAACUUUCUGGGUUUUGGAGUGCUCCAUCAAUGGCGACGAAGCUCAAGGAACCCGCUGCGACUCCGGAGGAGAACCUUGAGGAGCUGGAGAGGAAUUACCGGCCGUUUGUCCGGCGGGACGUUUACGGGACGAUGGGGUGGGAGCCGCUCCCGGCGGUGGAGAAGGUGCUCUUAGGGUUGGCGAUUGUGACGCUGGUGCCCAUCCGGCUUGUGGUGGGGAUUUGGUUACUGGUUUUGUACUACUUCGUGUGUUGGUUCUGCACGAUGUUCUCAGAUCCCAAUUGGGCGGAGGAGGAGCAGGAAGACUUCGCCCAUAUGGGUGGGUGGAGGAGAGUUGUGGUUGUUCAACUGGGGAGGUUUCUCUCGAGGGUGAUGCUGUUCAAUCUAGGGUUUUAUUGGAUCAGUGAGUAUAAGGUAUUGCAGAAUGAUUGUAGAGGGCUUAGCAGGGAAUCUGAAAGACCAGGGGCAAUUGUUUCUAAUCAUGUAUCUUAUUUGGAUAUUCUUUAUCACAUGUCAUCAUCUUUCCCAAGCUUUGUUGCCAAGAGAUCAGUGGCAAAGCUGCCUUUAGUUGGUCUCAUAAGCAAAUGCCUUGGCUGUGUCUAUGUUCAACGGGAAUCAAAAUCUUUGAAAUUUAAGGGUGUUGCAGGCAUUGUAACAGGAAGAAUUCAACAGGCGCAUCAAAAUAAGUACGCCCCAAUUAUGAUGCUCUUUCCAGAGGGUACUACAACAAAUGGAGAUUUCCUCCUCCCUUUCAAGACAGGAGCCUUUCUGGCAAAAGUACCUGUUCACCCGGUAAUUCUAAGAUAUCCUUACAGUAGGUUCAGUCCUGCAUGGGAUUCCAUAUCAGGGAUUCACCAUGUCUUUUACCUUCUUUGCCAAUUUGUUAAUUAUAUGGAGGUAAUCUAUCUGCCCAUAUAUCACCCUUCAGAACAAGAAAAAGAAGACCCUAAACUUUACGCUAACAAUGUUCGGAAGCUAAUGGCUACUGAGGGUAACUUAAAACUUUCAGAUCUUGGACUAGCUGAGAAACGUAUGUACCAUGCGAUGCUUAAGGACAAAUAUCGUCUGGUUAUGCACCUCUUAUGCUGUACUUGGUUCAACACCAAGUUGUUUGUAUACUCAGAGUAUUUCCUUGGCCUCAAGUUUGGGCAAACCAUUUGGCAUAGAGGAACUGAAAUGAUUUCUUUAAUCAGAUUCACACAAGAGGAAAAAAAGGUUUUAGCAAUGCCAAUGUUAAACAUCCUUAUCAUCUUUUCCAACUGAAAGGUCAGCCUUUCUGGUACAUAUUCAAUGCUUCCUUUAUUGUUCUUUCUGAACAAAAAAAAUAAUUGAAGUAUGGAUUGCAUAAUCAUCUACAUUCUCAGGCAAACAAACACCAACUCCAAAUUGAAUCAUAUGGUUUUUAUAGUGAAGCACUCAUGGUGUUCCUUGUUUUAAAUGGAUUUGUUUGUUUGUUUUUGUUUGUAUAUAUAUAUAUAUAUACAUUUACAUAUAUACACACAAAAUCUAUGGAAUCUGGUAUCAACAGUUGAAUUUCAAUACAAUAGUAUAUAUAAUAAAUAAUAUUACU